AUGGAUGUUGGACAAUUGCCUGAUUUCAAGGUCCUUUCUGAGGAAUACAACUACAAUGAAAAGACAACACAAGAAUCAAUCAGCCUCAAGACAUCAUCCUCAUGGACCUACUGCGGACCACUCCUAAGCCUUGAUCCCAAUCAUCUCCCAUCAUCCUUCAAACCCUGGGCCGAUGCAACCAUCAACGGAUCCAUCCUCCACCCUCUCCUUUCUUUCCUAGAAUUCGUCCACAGCUUCCUAUCAACAAACAAUCUAUCCCACUACUGGAUCACCAUCCGAGCCGAUACAGGUUCCCACAAUUUCGACAUCCCAAGAUGGCACACAGACGAUCUUUUCUUCUCACCCACCCCAACACACCGUCACCGUCGCCGCUCCUCAGCCCUCUUCCCCCGCAUAAGAGCAAUAGCCCCAAGAAACAAAAGCGAAGACCUCACCCACUUACUAGAGGACUUCCCCUCAGCCCAAAUAACAACCAAGACCCCCAACCCCACAAACUGGAAACUCACCACAACCCUCCUCGGCCCCGGAACACUAUUCAUAAACGAAGGAACAACGCCUCUCGCCCGCGAAAUUCAACGCAGAAUCAAGCAUUCCGUUGGCGCAGAGAACCCGCACAUCUGCGCUUCUGUGCGCUGCCUCGGCUGUGCCACGGCGGCGGAAUCCGUUCGGUCCCGGCUUGCUGUUGAAUUGGGCGAUCAUGAGGUCGUACAGGUGCAAUCGGGGGAUUAUGUGUUUUUUAGAGUUGGGAGGGACACGGGUGCAGUGCAUUCGGAGCCGAUGAGCAACGGGGAUCGGAUCUUUGUUAAUGUUGUUCCUGGGGAUGAGGGGGAUUUGAAGAGUCUGCUUGCGAGGUGGGGGAUGGAGUAUCCAAGGGCUUGGUGUGUUGGCUUACCGUUUCAAAUGGCUGGGGUGCAUUGGAGUGUUGGGGGGAUUUGA